AUGGCAGCUGGGUUCUCCAGCACAGUGCACAACAUCUAUAAGGCUACAGGAUCCUCUUUUGGAUCAGUUCCACCUGCCCUCGCUGGUCCACCACCUUCAAUGCCCAGAGUGGACAGUUCUGGAAAAAUCACACUAUCUCCUAUGGUUAUAUUUCCAGGUUACAUGGAUGCAGAACUUGCAAAAAAAUCUGAUUUCAAGGCCAAGAUCCUAAAAAGUGGAGCCACUACAAAGUCUGAGAACAGCCAAGAAGAAAACAAGAAAACAUUAAAGAAGGAAAAGCUAGUCACAGAUUCUGAUGAAUCCUUGAACUCAGGGCACAAACCAGAGACAAAAACCAAAGCAAAAGAUACUGAGUUGGAGAAAGGUGAAAUAAAAAUGGAGGUCAAGUUAAAGGAGAGUGACACUAGGAUACCAAAAGAGGAAGACCAGGUAAAGGUGAGUGACAUUGGAAUACCACAAGAACAGGAGGCCCAUGUAGAGGUGAAUGAUACUGGAAUACCACAAGAACAGGAAGACCAAGAAAAAAAGAGUGAGUACGGAAUACUACAAGGACAGGGAUCCCAAGUAAAGAAGAGUGAAUCCGGAAUAAAACAAGAACAAGGAUCUCCAGUACAGAAGAGUGAGUCUGGAAUAAAAGAAGGACAGGGAUCUCAAGUAAAGAGUGACACCAGAAUACAAGAAGGACGGGAGUCCCAGGUGGAGAAUAGUGAAGCUGGAAUACCACAAAGACAGGAGUCUCCAGUAGAGAAUGGUGAAGCUGGAGCACCACAAGGACCACAGGAGUCCCCAGCAAAGACUAGUGAAGCUGGAACACCCCAAGGACAUGAGUCUGCAGUAAAGAGUAGUGAAUCUGAAAUACCGCUAGUUCAGGGGCCUCAAGUAAAGAGAGAGAGUUCUGAGGAUCAAGGAGAGCAGGGAAAUGCAAGAAAGAAGACAGAUACAGAAGAAAAUGAUGCUCUGAAGAAAAGUGAUGAAGGAAAGCACAAAGUUAAAGGAAAGAAAGAAUCAGAAGUUAAGAGUAAAAAAAUAGGUUCAGUAAGGGGCAAAGGCAAAUAAAGGAAGAAGUACAACAAAAAGAUGGAAAGAGUAAGGGUAAAUAAAAGGAAGGCUUAUAAGUCAACUGAUUAUUAUGAUUCCCAUCCCCUAGAUACAAGUCACAACCCAGUUAUUGCUUAA